UUCAAAACUUUUAAGCAGAUAAUAACAUAUUAUACCUAAGUCUUUUACCUAGUAUAUCAUUACUUUGUUCUGAAUCUUAUUACAUCUGAUUUCAAUAAUGCUGUAAUUUCACACACAAAAUUUCAACAGGAAAGAGUAUACAGUGGAGUGAUGUAAAGUACAAUGUCUUCAGAAGAGAAGGAACCUUAUUUUCAUGGGCCAUCUGUAACACCUAGCUCUGGACAAGGAGGGUUGUACCAUCCCGAUAUGGCUGCAUCUACUAAUCCAUUAGGUCAAAUUCAACCUCAAUCAAGUAUUGCACCACCGCCCCAACCAACACCAAUGUUCUAUAAUCCGAAUGAUUAUGGUGGCGCUGCUUCAAGUCCGUGGAAUUUAAUGAAUGCCAUGCCUCAGUCUUCCCAGCAACAACAAUAUCAUAUGAAUGGACCUUCUAUGGGAGAUAACACAAUGGGUUUGCAAGGUACUCAAGCAUAUUUUGGUGGAGUUGAUUCUAAUUCGUCUGCUUCAUCAAGUCAACACACAUCACCAGCACAUGUUCCACAUCAGAAAGUCAAUGAUAUGCCUCUUGAAGCUCCUCAAUAUGAACCACAACUUUAUUCUACUAAUGCUAAUGCGUUAUUCCCCCAAGCAUCUAACAUAUCACCACCAGCUCAAUCUUACAAUCCUCAUUAUGUCGCAUCGGAAGGAAUGAAUUUAUCUAAUACAAUUCCACCGCCAGGUGGAGCCUCUGGACAACAUGGAUACACUCAUCCGACUGCGUCUGGUCUCUUUGUCCCGAAUUCUGAAAUGAAUAACACUCCUCUCCAGAAUUAUAUGAACCCCGCUCAACACGAGCCAGCUUCUGUAAGUCCCCAGUUAAAUCAGUAUUCUGGUAAUAUACCUGAUGUUAUGGAUAUACAAUCACACAUGCCUGAACAACAUGAUGAACAGAAUGAAAUCAAGUAUGAAAGCGUGAGUCCAAUUAAUCCUAUGGAUCUGCAUAAUGGAACUCAUGCUACAGAUUAUGUCAAUAAUCCUGUUACAAGUGAUCAAAGUUAUAUGAAUAUGGCUUACAGCAAUCACGAUACAAACUAUUCAGGAGGUCCUGUCCCUUCUCAAAUGCAACCAGUAAAUGCGUAUAUAAGUGGAGAAUUCCAGGUCGAUGCUUAUCAGCCAUCCAAUAUGAUGAUACCUGCUUCAUCAAGUCAAGAUUAUGAUAUCCUACAUUCACAGGGUACUUGGAAUGAACACAAUCAGGUUACUGUUUUGGAACAUGCUCAACAAGAUAUAAGAGGUGCUGAAGGAUUGGAACAAAGGGAGGAGGCUCGAGCGGAAGAAGUUGUGACUGAUGAUAUGCAACAGCCUGAAACUUUUUCAUCUGAAGAAAUAAUCCCAACUGAUGACAAAACAAACAAAGAUAAUCUAGCAGAAGGACAUUCACAACAGGUCUUUGAUAUGAAUGCUCAAACAGAACAACCGCCACUUCAUCAACCUUCAGUAUCACUUUACGAACCUGUUGGCGCUUCAGUAGAUAGUCACAUCUCACCCCAACAGAUGCACAAUCCAGGAUUGCACAUGGAAACUAAUUCUGUACAGUCUCAUUUCUCAAAUUUGAAACUUUCGGAGGGUGACGAUACGAUUAAUAACAAUGAAAAUGGAUCGUUACGACCUAUGAGCCAUGAAAACCACCCAGAUAUUGUUUUAUCACCUGAAACUCGACAGGCUAAUUUACAUUUGAAUGAAUAUAGUAGGGGAUCUCCACCACCACACAGUGCUGCAGAUUAUCAAAUUGAAAGCAAUCAACAAUCAUAUGAAAGUCAAAACGAUCAAAAUAUAGAAUUAUCAGCGCCCAGUGCAUCACAUCAGCAAUCGGAACAUCAAAUUUUAACGUCAGUGCCAUCUAUGGGAGAACCUGAACCUGAAACAGCUGACCCUCCCCAAGUGAGUGAAAGUCCGAUUCCAGCCGAUGGACUUCAUCCGAGACAAUCGGACGUUGUUGAUCCGGGACCACACCAUUUUGCGUCACCAACUUCAGCUUUUGAGUCUCGUAUUCGGAGCCAGAGCACAGGAUCUAAUAACAGUAAUGCAUCAUCGCAACGAUCUGCUACUAGCCAAGCCAACCGAACUACCCAAAAUCGGAAUAUACCUUCUGGAUCUGUGGCCAAUCCUCCCAGCUCACAGGAAUCUGCCGCAAGACAAUCAAGCGUCCCAACAUCGAAUCCUUUUAGUACAAAUACAAUGCAUUCGUCACACCUUGGUAGUCAACUAGGGGCUGCUGUGAGUGCUUCAGCUGCAGAACCGACUAUUCCACCUAUUCCAGACAUUGUGCGACCAUUACCUAGCGAACAAGGCAGUGAAAAUCUCCGAACUGGGGCUACAGUGCCAUUGUCGUCAAACCAUUCUUUACAUAGCCAAGCGCUGGGACAUAGAACUAUGUAUUUGCCGGAUCCACACGCUGUCUCUAUUUCCACAACACAAGCUUCCUCCACAAGAUCUCAGCCCGAUGUUAUUCAGUCACCACCAGAACGAGAAGCCACUCGGUUGCAAGCGUCUGCUGAAAAUACUCAUACUGUGAUGGCACUCAAGACGAGUAUCCCGCAUUCUGGUAAUCCACCGGUAUCAAGUGCACCAAGUAUUCCGACAGUUUUGCAGCCUACUUCGGUAAACAGCGACCCGUACUUAUCAAGAUCUUUAUAUAACACUCACUCCGAUCAAUCUCAAUCACAACCAGCUGCUGUAAAUACUAACAACCAAGAACAUACUAAUCCACCAGAAGUAGAACAACCAUCUGAGAGAGUUGUACCAUUGCCCACUUCAUCGUCUGCGACGCAUUUGCCGCAAGCAACAGAUGAUGGCCCCUCUAGGGACCAGGAUAAUAGUUUAAGACAACAUCCUUCUGAAUCUCACAGACAAGAUGAGGAUUCUUGGUAUCGGGGACAAUCGGACCGUGACCACUACAGUGAUCGAGGUGAAUCCCGAGAUCCAAGAGAUUCUCGGGAUCCAAGAUGGGACGAUUAUCAUCGGAGACAUCCAGAUGAUUAUGAAAGGCGGGAUCCUAGAGAGGAUUCUAGGUAUUCUCGCGAUAGAUCAUGGGAUCCUAGAGAUCGUGAUGACAGACAUUCAAGAUACGACGAGAUUCCCAAAGCAAAUUCUGAGCGCAACUCGAGACCUUCAUCAAGGCAAGGGGACCCAGCUGCUACUAACUACUCAAGACGAUAUGAUGAUAGGGACUAUGGAAGAGAAUAUGACCGAUAUUAUUCGAGAGACAAAUAUUAUGAUGAUAGAUAUCACGAUUAUGAUAGAAGGGAUCCAUACUAUCAGUCUUACGACAGAAGAAACGAUAGAUAUUAUGAACAACAUCACAGGUAUCCUGAUGCGUAUCAUAGAAGAGGUUAUGAAGAUUAUUAUUAUGACUCGUAUUACAAUGACUAUCGAUAUCAUCGACGUCCGGAAGAUGAAGAUACGAGAAGCGUUUAUAGCGAAAGGUCAAGGGUUAACGAACCUGAUCCGUCAGCAGAUAGGAAUUGGGAAUCUAGACAAUCAUAUGCCGAUCAAAGCCAUUAUGAUUACAACUCUUCGCAUGGCUACGACAGAAGAUAUUAUGAUGACAGUAUUAUGGAUGAAUCUACUCUAUCUAAUACAUAUGAUGAAUCAUGGCAAAGGCUCCCCCAAGUUCCUUCAAGACAAACACCAGCGAAAUUUUCAACUGCACAUACAAUAUUUCGUUUUGGACCUGGUGGACAGUUAAUCAAGGUUUUACCGAAUCGUCCUAUGGAAAAUCAACCAACUACUGUUGAAAUUCACAGCUUGGAAAUUAUGUUACAAGGAAACCCAGAAGCUGAAGAUUUACGAUCAUAUGCUGGACCUUUAUCAAAAGAAAAUACUCACAAGAAUGACGUUCUACAAUUUGUAUCAUCAAGAUCAUUAGAAAGUAUGAAAGAUAUGGAUUUAUUAGACAGACGUUCCACUUCACUCAUCUGGGAUUUUCUUGCUUUACUUGUUAGGCAAAAUGGGUCUGUUCUUGGUACUGACAUUGCUGAGUUGUUGACGAAAGAUCAUUCUGGAAGUUUUGAUUUAUUGCAAUCACCAUUAGAAGCAAGUAGACAGAGACAACUGCAAUUACAGUUACAUAGAACUACUACACCUAAUUCCAUAUCAGAUGAUGCAACAGCUGGUAGUACAGCUUCACCAGUACCUGAUCAUGUCGAGUCUAGUUCGAUUCACAGUGUUGAGAUCUUAUCAGCUGCGGAGAAAAAUUGUAACAGAUUUCGAGAAUUAUUACUUCAUGGCCGAAAGAAGGAUGCACUUGAAUGGGCAAUGAAGAUGGGUCUGUGGGGACAUGCUCUUUUACUCGCAAGCAAAACCGACAGUCGUACCCAUGCUCAAGUUAUGUUAAGAUUUGCAAACUCUCUUCCUAUCAACGAUCCGUUACAGACUGUUUAUCAAUUGAUGUCAGGAAGGCAACCUGCUGCUGCUACGUGUGUGUCUGAAGAAGGAUGGGGUGACUGGCGUCCACAUCUCGCUAUGAUUCUAUCAAAUCCUACAAGUAGUGCUUCGUUAGACAUGAGAGCCGUAUUAACAAUGGGAGAUACAUUAUCAUCAAGAGGAUUACUUCACGCAGCUCAUUUUUGCUACCUAAUGUCAUCCACACCUUUAGGUUAUUACGGUCGACCAACGAGCAAAAUGGUUUUAUUGGGUGCCAAUCACACGUUAUCUUUCCUUGAAUUUGCUUCCCUGGAUUCAAUAAGAAGAACAGAAAUCUAUGAAUACGCCAUAUCACUCGGUAAAAAUCAGAGAUCAUCGGAUGCUGCUACUGUCUUGCCGACUUUCCAACUUUACAAAUUUAUUUACGCAUGUAAACUGGCAGAAUAUGGACUUAUCGCUCAAGCUUUACAUUACUGUGAACGAAUUGCCAAAUCAGUGUGUCGAAGUCCAACUUCUUAUUCAUUUACAUUGGUGAAUCAACUGGUGAAUGUGUCAGAUCAGCUUCGGCAUCACGACCCACAAAUUCACGCUGGAAUGGCAGAUGGUGAAAGCCCAAGGUGGCUCGAAACUCUUCGUAAUAUUAACAGCCAAAUACAGUGUAAAUUGAUAGUUCCUAGGACUGGGAAUGAUAAGAGUGGUUUGAUUGUGCCGCGUAUACAUGGGCCAUCUUCAUUACUAACUGUUUCCAAUACCCCAUCUAUCGUAUCAACGAGUCCAACUUCGGAAAGUCCUAACGAUGAAAUACGGUUUUCUGCUCAUACUCCAGAACAAGAUGACGACGAUGUACAAGAUUCAGGGUUGCCAGAUUCGAAUCCAUCUGUUCAAAACUAUGGCCACCAUCAGCAAUACAAUACUGGUUACCAAACUCAACAAGUUCAGAUGUAUUCUGCCACAGAGAACCCAUCUGCUGUUCCUACCCACGAUCCGCAUAUGCCUUCAAAUAUGAUGAUGCCAGAUGGAGCGAUGCAACAACACUCUGAAAACUAUUCACAAGGACAUCAAAGUCAAUUUCAACCACAAGGUCCACAAGGAUAUGGAAUGCAAUCAAACUAUCAGCAAUUCAUGCAACCUAGUGGACAACCGUAUGCUCAGCCAUCUGUACAACAAGCACAAGGAUUUGAACAUCUUGCUAAUCAAGCAAAUCCUCUGGCCUCUGCCGGAUUUUCUGCUCCAACAUCACAAACGAUGUACCAACAUCAAAACAACUACGGCUUUAACACAGAACAACAACAACAACCAGAUGAAGAAGCAGAAAGAAAUGAUCAAGUUGAUUAUUAUGACUAUAUGUCCAAUGCGCACAAAGUACAUCACGGGGGAAGAGCUGGCUCACCAAGGUCUCGUACUGUUUCACAAAGUUCUCAACGAUCUAGAGCAAGCACAUUGAAGGGUUAUGAUCGUACAACGCCUACUUCUAUGAUGAAUCAUACUGAGAAGCAAGGUCGAAGGUCAAGGACAACAUCCGAAAAUUCAACCGGUAGACGAUCACGAAAAACGAGUGGAGAGCAAACUCAUCAAUCUAAACAGAAAAAGAAGGAUGAUAUAAAAGAUGAUACAGUAAAGAAAUCAGGAUCUUGGUCGUUAUUUAGUUGGUUGUCAAGAAGAGCAUCCAAGCAAGUGCAUUUACCUGAUGAUAAUAAUAAAGAUAUUGUAUGGGAUAAUGACCAGCAACGAUGGGUUGAUAAAAAUGCGACAGAAGAAGAUUCUGCUCCAUUGGCACCACCACCUAUAGAUGAUAAUAAAAGUCAGGCAAUCCAUCAAGGUCAAAAUCAACAACAACUCGGUCAAGUCCCAACUACCGCUGCCCCACAACCACUUGGCCCUACACCUGGUGAAGCUCAACUUACAGCAAAUAGAUUCUCUUUGAAAAACUUGGGAGGAAAUCGUUCAAUGUAUAAAAAUGCCUUCAGUAGUUCGAGUACACCAGCUGUUGCACCAGCACCUCCAGCAUUACUGCCUGGUAUGCAGAAUACAAAUCAACCCAAAUUUACAGGGUUUAUGGUUCCUAAUCCAGUUCCGACAUCACAACCAACUUCAGAAGAACCUACACCUGCUGCUGCCAGUACACCCAUGCAUGGACACAACUCCAAUGCUGAAACAAUUCCGAUGUUUACCCCCGGUAACACACCACAUGGGUCAUCGAUUGAUUUCAGACAACCUUUUAACCACGGUGGCGGGCAUUCUAGUUCAAGUUCGCUUAGUUCAUCUGCUAGAGAAGUUCGAAAUUUAACAAGUGUAUUGGAAGAAGAGGGUUCCAAUUUUGUUAACGAACCUCAGCUAUCUGCUGCUUCUGGAAACGAUAAUGCUGCUUCUGGACCAGGACCAACCAUGUUUUUUAACCCAGCACAAUUUUCUGCCCCCGCUUCUCACCCUAGUAUGCCAUCAGGUGGGGGUAGAGGAAAUGCAUUGAGACGGGGUAGAGGCCGAACAGGUGGAUAUGCUGGAAGGCGAUGAACGUAAUAAUUCCUGCAUCUAAGUACUGUAAUCGUGCUUUAAGACUUGUGCGCAUUGGAUUCUAUACUUUUUGUUUGGUUGAAGAUUUAUUGUUGAUUUAUGUGUAGUCAAGUAUGAUUCAUCUGUUUGGGACUUGAUCAAGAAUAAAUAUGAUUGGAUCAAUUACUACCAUAUUUAAUUUGAAACUAUAGUUCACUUUAAUGGUGGGUAUAUUUCCUAGCAUUGCAAAUCCUCGGCAAGAAUAUUACAUGAACACAUAGAAAGUAUGUGAAAUUUUUUCACGCUAAACUGUCUCAUGAGUUGGUUGACACUAUUCAAUAAUGUCUAUUAUGCUUAAAAAAUGCUCUUUCAAUUUUAUAAAAUGCAAUGAUAAUGGAACUAUCAUUGUUACAAUCGUCCACCAACAUAUAGUGCAAUUUUGUGUGUUGUACAGAGCGAAUAAGAAUGUUGCUUUCUAUUCGAGCAGAUUAUUUUGUUUAACAUUUUUCUUUGCCGCAAAUGUGUUGCGUUUUACUAUUAGAUAAUAGAGAAAGAUGAUUGGUUUAAUAUAUUGUAGUGAAUGUUUCUUGUACUAGUCCAGCUUUUUUCUUCUAUUUAUGAUAACUUUGAGGUUAAAAAAGGCAACAUUCUUUGAAUAUUCAUUGCGGAUAUGUCAUGACUAUCUGUGCGUCUGAUGUGAUAAUACAACAUUUUAUUGACUGUAUAUAUAAAAUAUCUAAAUUUAAGGGUUCGAGACAAAAUGUGAAUGUAGAAAUUUUAAAAUAUUAUGAAGAAAUAGGUGUUCUUUAAACUGAUAUCUAAUCAUUGUUAGAAUUGAAGUAUUUUAAUUAAAAGUUAGUUUUAAUAUCAAAAUUAUAAGUUUUCCCAAAAACUUUUCAAUUUUCAGCCUCAAAAUUUUGUUGCUAAAACUAAAAGUACACUUUAAUUCUUUUAAAUAUGUUAUUAGUAAUUUGGCCAACCUGCUGCGAGUUUCCGUGUUCCUAUGAAUAUUGCAAAGAUAGCUGUACAAAUAUAUUUCUGUGCUUUAUGCUGUGAGCAAGUUCUUGGUGUAUUGCUCGCAUAUAUGGUGUGUAGGUGAACGGCUAUAGUAUUUUAAUUAUUAUUUUGUGUGCUUAGUAAGACUAGGAUAGCCAUGACCAUGUUAAAAAGAAUUGGCAGAUGUUUGUUUGUUGUAGCAUAAUUUUUUUUUCCUUUAUUUUGUUUCAUGUCUACGCUUAUUCUCAAUUUGUGGAGAAUUUUGAGGAAUUCACUGAAGUUUUUCUGUUUUUGCUUGUAAUUGUAAUAUAAUGCAUCAUAAUUAGUGUCAAAAUCUGGCUGAUAUAAUCGAAAUAUGUGCAAUUUUAGCGUCAUCCGUUAGGCUAACAAUUACUAUUUCCAAUUGUUUGAGCAUUGGUUUGCUUCUAAUGUAAUAUUUUUCUCUUGUUCUAUAUUCUGCUCCAAGAGGAUUGAAAAAUUUGGUUGAUCCCAAUGAAGAAUAUGAAGAGUUCAUGAUCUUGUUGUAAAUUAAAGUAUAGUCCCGUUUGGUUGGAUUUAUUGAUGAAAAUAAUAAUAAUGUUGGCGAUUAAGGUUCAAUAAAGAUAUUUACGAGUAA